AUGGCGCCGAAGGAUAGUAAGGCGGGUGAACUAGAGCGGAAGGCGUCGACGAGGAGGUCGGCGAGGGUAUCCCUCGAUGACGGAAACGAUGGGGACGAUCUCGCCCUGGAAAGCACGAUCGCGGAUGGAUUCCGACCGACACAUGCCAGCGGCUCCGGGACGCCGUCAGUAACGUCAGGGACGUCAGCGAGGUCCGCGCCGUCAACGCCGCCCCUCACCUCAGCGUCGUCUACCACACUCGUCAGUAGGGAAGACCCGGCAUCGCCAGCGACAAGUGGCGGCUCCUCGAGUACGGGAAAACCCCAGGCUCCGCAGUUUUCGUUGCUGGUUCAAGGGGAGGCCAAUUCGCUCAACCGUCAGAUAACGAACUCGACCGGGUCAAGUGUCUACAUUCCCCACGAUGGCCCGUACCGAGGGCCGUCCGCCGCAUCCCACCCUUAUCACCUCUAUACGCAGAGCGUGAGGCCGGCGAGAACGUUGAGCAUGGGAACGUCGUCAACCGUUCCCUUGUCGGAGUCAUCCUACCGGGGGCCGACGGGACCGAGCCACCCUUACGGACUCUAUCCCCAAGUCGACAGCAUCGAGGCAGAUGCGGCACAGGCUGCGAUACCCUUAGGUUUCCGCGGCCUCCCUGACCAAUACCAACGGCGAGUGGGGCCCGAGGGCGAGGAGAUUGGAGACAUUAUCGGCCCCGACGGACACACAGAGCAGCUUCCGCCAUACACCAGGUAUCCGGAUGAGGCCUAUGUGCGUAAGGCCGCGGCGGUCGAAGGAUGCCCCGGCUUGGUUCAUGGUGCUGCAACAGCCCUGCCCCCCAUUCUCACAAGUUCUGCAUCAACCAUUCCACCGCUGGACGGCGCCGGGGGCAUCGGGCUGGCGACCAGGAACCCCGAGUUCGAGUCGACGGACGACCCAGGCUCCCCGGGUUCGCGCCACUCGACGCGCAGCUUCAGAUCGGAUGACAGUCGGCGGGGCAUUAGGAUGGACGACGAGGGCUUGUCAGAAAAAAGGGAACCACCGAAGAAAUGGCAGGCCUGGAUGAGGAGAAAAGCUUGCGGCAUCAUUCCUUACUGGGCCAUAUGCCUCACUGCGAUCAUCUUGCUGGUGAUGCUGGUAGCAUUAGGCGUCGUGGUUGGAACCGUAUUAAGUAAUAACAACAAGCAGAAGCCGCCUCCUCCAUGGGAACAAGGGGACUGGAAACCACCGUCCGACGUGACGCCUAUCCCAACGCCGACGGACCUGCAACCCCUAGCUACGGGAACCUUCGGGCUCCCACUCCUGACGAACCGCGUCUCCAACACGUGCCUCAAGAAUCCAACCCUGUCUAUGGCAUGGAACUGUCACAUCGUCCUCUCGGGCAUGACUUUGAAUGUCACCAAAGAGAAUAAGGACUACCGCGCUUCGUUGGACUGCAACCACGCGCUCACCUCGAAGGGCAACACCUACGCCUACGGCGAGCAGCCGCCAUUGCUUGAGAAGCCCGUCAAACUGAAGCUGGUCCAGGACAAUUUCGAAGCAGGCCGCGGCCCCGCGUGGUACAAGAGGGUGAAGUACACCAAGACGGUCAUUCUGCCGGAAGGGUGGCUUGAAUCAGACCAAGACCCAAUUGCGUUGAAGAGGGCGCCUUACACUGCGACGAUUGGGGCGAGUAUGCCAGAUUUCAAACGCAAAGGGAUCGCGCAGCCCGGCGACAAGCCCUGGAUAUGUACUUGGCCGGACACAUGGCUGGAGCUCUUCAUUUACGCCCAGCAGAACUCGAGUUUUGCCAACUGGCCACCCGAGCCUCCACCGCCGUCGUCAACGGCAGGAAAUUCGAGCAGCACGCCCAGCACACCCCCACCGAGUUCUUCGCCGUCAACAUCCACCGACGGACCCGACUCGUCCUCCGAGAAGGGCUCCCACCGGUUUCAGGAUGGCCACAAGACCGACGACGCAGACUCUUGGGACAUGUCAUAUCACUCGCUAGAGAUUCACGCGCGCUCGGAGGGCGCUGGCCCGACGACACCACCGCCCGACACAGCCAGCACGACCGUCGAGGCCACUUCGACAUGGAACACGGCAACGGCGUCGGAUCCGUUCGGGCCCAUCGACACAGGCAGUGACUUCCCGCACAUAGCGCAACCGUAUCCGCGGGUCGUCAAGCUCGAGGAGCGCCGGAUGUGGACCAAGGACGCGCCCCGUGCGCAGUGCACGCAGGUGCAGAUCAUGGGCCCCGGGCAGGAGGCACAGCCGCUGCAGAGGCCGGACGGGAAGUUGGUGGUUAUGGACAUCGAGGAGGUGGGCCCGUUCGGUGGCGGGUCGCCAGAGGGGGAGUUCCCGGACAAAAAGAUGACGGACGGGGUCUGGGAGAGGUCGGAUUGGGAAGAGGACGAAGACGAUUGGGAGCAAGCGGUGGGCGACGGUGAAGAGUUUGGAAUAGACGGAUUGCCGGAUAUCAGUCCGUGCGGGUGCAUGUGGUUUUUGACUUGA